AUGGCGCGCGCCGGAAGCGCCUCCUCCUCCACUAUGGCACCUCUCUCCUCCAUCAUGGCGCCUCCUCCUCCACCACGGCGCCUCCCUCCAUCAUGGCGCGCGCCGGAAGCGCCUCCUCCUCCCCCAUGGCGCCUCCUCCCCCACCACGGCGCCUCCCUCCAUCAUGGCGCCUCCUCCUCCACCACGGCACCUCCCUCCAUCAUGGCGCCUCCUCCUCCAUCAUGGCGCCUCCCUCCUCCAUCAUGGCGCGCGCCGGAAGCGCCUCCUCCUCCCCCCCAUGGCGCCUCCUCCUCCUCCAUGGCGCGCGCCGGAAGCGCCGCCGCUGAGGGGCCGCUGACGGCGGACAUGGCGCCGCGGCGGCCGCUCCUCCUGCUCCUCCUCGUGCUGCUCGCGGCCGCCCUCCGCGCCGCCGCCGAGCUCGACCCGUACGCGGUGCUGGGCGUGCGCAGGGGCUGCAGCCAGGCGGACAUCAAGAAGGCCUACAAGCGGCUGGCGCGCGAGUGGCACCCCGACAAAAACAAGGACCCAGGAGCUGAAGAUAAAUUUAUCCAGAUUAGCAAAGCCUACGAGAUUCUCUCCAAUGAGGAAAAGAGGGCAAACUUUGAUCGCUAUGGGGACGCUGGCGAGAGCCAGGGCUACUCUCAGCAUCGCCAGUUCCAUCACUUCCACGAAGGCUUCUAUUUUGACGAGUCCUUCUUCCAUUUCCCCUUUAAUUCGGAGCGGCGCGACACCUCCGAUGAGAAGUAUUUGCUUCAUUUCUCACACUAUGUCAAUGAAAUUGUGCCGGAUAGUUUCAAGAAACCUUACCUCAUUAAGAUCACCUCAGACUGGUGUUUCAGCUGCAUCCACAUUGAGCCCGUGUGGAAAGAAGUUGCUCAGGAAUUGGAGGUGCUUGGAGUGGGAAUUGGAGUUGUUCAUGCUGGCUAUGAGAGACGCCUUGCGCAUCACCUUGGUGCACACAGCACGCCAUCGAUUCUAGGUCUGAUCAACGGGAAAAUAACGUUCUUCCACAACGCCGUCAUUCGUGAAAACCUGCGGCAGUUUGUGGAGAAUCUUCUGCCAGGGAAUCUCGUAGAAAAGGUUACAGAUAAAAACUACAUCCGCUUUCUGUCUAACUGGAAGAAGGAAAAUAAGCCCCAUGUCCUUUUGUUUGAUCAUAUGCCACUUGUGCCCUUAUUAUACAAGCUGACUGCCUUUGCAUACAGAGAUUACUUGUCCUUUGGUUACGUGUAUGUCGGACUCAGAGGGACUGAAGAGUUGUCCAGUCAGUACAACAUCAACGUUUAUACUCCUACCAUGAUGGUCUUCAAGGAGCAGAUUGACAAACCCGCUGAUGUUGUGCAGGCCCGAGACAUGAAGAAGCAGCUCAUUGACGACUUCCUUUCCCAGAAUAAGUUCCUCAUGGCAGCCAGGCUCACCAGACAGAAACUGUUCCAGGAGCUGUGUCCUGUGAAGAAGUUCCAUCGCCAGCGAAAGCACUGUGUGGUCUUACUUACCAGAGAAGGUGAUAAGUUCUCUGAGGCUUAUGAGGCAUUCCUGACUUUUGCUGUGGCCAACACCAAAGACUCCCUGAGGUUCGUGCAUAUCUACAAUGAUCGUCAGCCAGAAUUUGCAGAUGCCUUCCUGGGGGAUGACGAGAAGUAUCAGGGCAAAUCAGCUGUGGUCAUUUUGGAAAGGCGCAACGAUGCAGGGAGAGUUGCCUACAAAACCUUGGAAGAGGCCUGGCAAGGCAGCAGAGAAGACAAUUUCAUCCUCCUGGAUCUUCUUGAUCAGCUGAGGACAGAUCCCAGUUUUCUCUCCUCAGACACUGUCCUGACAGACCUGAAUGAUGAACUUGCUCCCAUGUUCCUUAUCCGCUGGUUUUACUCCACGCUGGAUUACAUCUCAGACUGCUGGGACAGUUUGUUUCAUAGUAACUGGCGAGAAAUGAUGCCCCUGCUGUCCCUGCUCUUCUCUGCGCUCUUCAUUCUUUUUGGCACCGUUAUUGUUCAGGCUUUCAGUGACUCAAGUGAUGCAAGAGACUCUCCUCCAGCUGAGAAAGAAGAAACAACCACAAAGGCUGAAAAGAAUGAUACGAGCUUCAGCAAAGAGAGUAACAGUAGGGUUCCCAAAAAGGGCUUUGUCGAGGUGACUGAGCUAACGGACAUCAACUACAACAGUAACUUGGUACGCCUGAGACCAGGCCACAUGAACGUCGUCUUGAUCCUUUCCAACGCAACUAAAACCAGUCUGCUGCAGAAGUUUGCCCUGGAAGUCUACACAUUUACAGGGAGCAGCUCUCUUCAUUUCUCCUUCCUCAACCUGAACAAGCACCGUGAGUGGCUGGAGUACUUGCUAGAGUUUGCGCAGGACGCGGCCCCCAUCCCAAACCAGUACGACAAGCAUUUCCUGGAGCGCGAUUACACGGGCUACGUGCUGGCGCUGAACGGCCACAAGAAGUACUUCUGCCUCUUCAAGCCGCCCAGAUUGGCGGACGAGGGGGGAACGCUAGGAGCGUGCGAGGAUUACGAGUCCUCGCUACACACAGAAGCCAGGGGGAAAUCCUCCUGCAGCCCGGGAUCUAGAUCCCUUAAAAACAAAUUGCACAAAUUGUCCUUUUGGAUGGAACGCCUUCUAGAGGGUUCCUUACAGCGGUUCUAUAUCCCUUCAUGGCCUGCACUAGACUGAGGGAGUUUAAAGAGAUUCUAAACACAGACUUUUUAUGGAGAUGACAAGGGACAGUUCUUUCCAGGAAUAAACUGUCAAUCACAAUGAACCAACCUUAGGUUUUAGAUGAACUCUCCUAGGGCCAGCAAAUAGAAAUAUCUCCCUGUGUCUGAAGCCUAGGAGUACAAUGAAAUGCUCCGAAAGUCCCUCUACCAAAUCGUCCUUGCAUUUGGAUACUCUACUCUUGAAGACAAAAACAAGGCCGUUUUUCCUUCUUCUCCUACCGCAUCUGCUUCCCGAGUCACCUCCGUUCCGUCUCGCCUUAGCUGACGAAAAGCUGCGACUCCUCUGCUGCGGUGACUCCGGGCAGCCUGAACGCAGCCUGUAACGCAGCUCAGGUCGUGGCUUCUCUCCCUUCCCCUGUGCUUAGCCCAUGGUGCAUGGUGUAACACCGUCGAGACCCAUCAGACCCUCCCAGGCUCCGCCGCAGGUUCGGAAAGGCCUCCCGUUGGGUGCUCAUACUUUCGGGCUUUCCCUGUGGUAAGUGGUGUAGAUUAUGGUCGGGAGCAUCUCCCUCGUAGCAAACUAGCUGGGUCUUACCUGUGGUGCGGGCUUGUAGGCGAUCUGCAUGUUUCAUGCUCCUUGUGUAAUAGUUCCACGUGCAGCUUCACCAGCAAAACCAUAGCCAGGGAGGGACAGGGUUUUGCACAGCCCUAAAUGCUGUAAAGGUGUCAAGCCAUUUAAAUGUCACGUUGUUUUCCCGGAUGCCUUUCUGCUUCUGUCAAUUCUAGACUAUGUAUCUUAGAGCCAUAACUUUAAUCGUGUCCUCCAGUUGUAGGCAUAAGCUGCUAUGAGCCAGUAGAUGUGUAAAAGAAACUUUAAAUAGCUGCUAGGGAGUCAGUUUAGACUCCUUUCAAACAACGUUACAUCCGUAGUACAAACCAACCUUUCUUUGUAUCAAGGAACUUAAUUUUCACAAUGAUUGUAUUCUUGAAACGUUGCCCCAGAAGUGCUGUAUCAUCAGACCGUCUUUUAUGUGUGAAACUAGUUUUGUUUUAGGCGUGGGUUUAAAGGUGCUUGGUUUCAGCAUCUCAACUGUUUUUGUCCUUUCAACCUUUAUUUCUUAAUGCGCAGGCUGCCUUGUUUUGCUUUGCCUUUUUUUCUUUUUUUUCUCCUUUUUGUUUUCUCACCACUUGGUCUGCAUAAGGUUAGAAGAGUUACGGAGCUGGGUUAAUGCUUUGCUCCCAGAGUGCCCAGUGUCCAUUUUUACCUGUGGAGAGGUAAGGUGGGAAGCGGCAGCUGCUUUCUGCCCCUCAACCAAUAAAGCAAAGCAGAAGGGUUUCUUGGCACAACCAGGACUGUAAACCUGGGGCACUUUUACUUCCUUGCCGCUGCUCCUGCGGAGACACCGUUUCCGUUGCUGCUACUUGCUACAUCUCUCUGCAUAAAGCUCUUACAUGCGCUCAGUGCAAGAAACAAAGACUUUGGAAAUAGUGAGUUGCAUGUUAGGCUAGGUGACUGCCCAAUUUCCACAUUCUCCUCCAGGCUGACUUUACGUGGGGACCGUGAACCUCAUCAUAAAGCACUUCUGCCAAGGUAAAUACAGGCUCACUCUAUCCCUGCCUUUGUAUUUACCAUAUUACCAGAGCAGCUGUUUUUUAGGGAUAAAUGUGCCCUUCCCAGAGAUAUCUGCUGCUCCCAGAUUGAGCUCCGGGAAUGCUCAGGUCCUUUUGCUGCCCACAUUACCUCAUUGCUCACAAAAUCCUGGCUUGUUGCAUUCCUCCCUAUGCAUUGGUGAACUUUGACCACCAACAGGUAUCUCAAGCAACAUGUAUAAUGUACAAUAAUAAAUAAAGGCAAAGAUAACUGCUGCUGGCCUCUUAUGUGAGGUUCCUUGAAUUUAGCUCAGCAGUCUGGGCGGCAGCUUAUGUGACUGCAUGCAAAGAGCCCUAAGAUAACGGCGAGGAAGAAGAGGUUUUCUCCUGGCGAAGGAGAACAGUGAGGCUCAGGCGUAUCGCUGAACUUGGAGGUAGAGAGGGGAUGAAACGUGGGCC